AAAACAUACAAGCGCAUAGCUGCACAUCAAUAUAUCAAGUGAAAUAAACUGAAUUAGAAUCGCUGGUGCAUAAAUGCGCAGAAAGUGUGCAAUGUGCGACAAUUUAUUGUGAAGCGCAGCCCCACUGCCAACGAGAAUUUGCUGCUCCCAAUAAGAAGGCAACCCGAAGUGCGAAAAAGCAUACGGUGAAAAAGGAAAAGCAAGAGAACGAAAGAAAAAAAUGCAAUAGGAGUAAAUAAAAAAAAAUGACAAUCGUUUUUCAAUAUUAACAUAGACGCAAUAGCGCCGCGGCCGUAAAAUGCCAAGGACCACUUGCAGGCCAAGUGAACGCGUAGCUAACGGUCACGGCAACGAUAACGGUAAUGAUGACUCCAACAACACCACCACCACCACAGAUGCGGAUGCCACCUCUAAAGUCAACAACAACAACAUCACCAAUGGAGGCGUCGAUGACAACCACAUUGUCAAGCAAGAGUUCGAUGCCGCACCACCAGUUUGUCACAGAAAAUCGGAGCGACGAAGAGUGGCACGAGAUAUUUUUCUGGUGUUUGAAGAACAGCCCGCCAGGCGACGCGGACGUGGUGGGGCGCGUGGCAAGUCGUCGCGUACCAAACAAAAAUUUGGCCACCUGAAGGUGGCGAGCACACCACGCUUCAACAAGAAUUUGUUGCGUGAAAUCAAAACGGAACCAAAGUGCACGGCCACGGCCCAAGUGACGACGUUGGACACAACGCCGCCAGCGCUGAUUUCAAUGACGCCAGUGACGCAAUGCAGCGUCCCAUUGGAGCAGCCGACGGCGCCAGCGCCACAGCCAAAAGUGCCACAGCCCGUGCAGCCGCCAAAGGAGUCGAAAGCAUCUAGCGGAAAGCAGGCCAAAGCCCGAGCGACAGCCGCCGUAAAACUUGAAACCAAAACAGCAUCAAAUGCAAUACCAGCAGCAGCAACAGCAGUAGAGGUGGCAGCCGCCACUGUAACGCAACCACAAACAAUGGUGACCACCAAUGGAUGUGCGGAAGCUACAGGGGCUGGGGAUGUGAGCAGCAAGCCAUCAACACCAACGACACCCAGCGUCAAUCCGAUAUUCCUGUGGGUCAAGCAGGAUGACACGCGCAUCGUUGAGGUGCGCUGCGAGGAUUAUGACAAACGCAAUAGAAUACGCCUUACCAAGACCACCAACGGAUGGCGCUCGAUGCCGCGCACCGAUGCUUCCUCAACUAGAAUAGUGAAGUUCUUCCAUAGCGCCGCAACACCCUUGAUGAAGGUCAAACGCGAAGUAUACGAGAGCCAGCAGCAGCCCAUGCCGCUGACAGAGCAGCAACAACUGGCGGAGCACACGCCUCCAAUGUUACCUUCAUUGACGCAGAAUUUGUUGCAUGACUGGAAUGAUACGGGCACGCAGUUACCGGACGAGGACGAUGAGGAGCGAGAUCAGCAUCAGGAUGAGCAGCAUAGUACAACCAAUGCAAAUGGAAAUGGUGUUGAUGAGGAUGAUGAGGAGGUGCACAAUCUGGCAGCAGUAAUUGAGAACGUGGUUGUACGUCCGGCGGGCAAUGCAACGCAAUCGGAACCUAUGCUGGAGGCGACCCCAACUAUGACCACGGUCAACGAUGUCUGCUUCGAUGCCCUGCUCGAUAGUGAGACAAAUGCAUCGACUAAAGCAACAAAGACCAGCACCAACAACACCAGUACCAACACGCCCACAUAUCAAAGUUCAACACCUUCGCCCAUGGAAUUGCAACUGUGCCCCAAAACGGGCCUCUUUCUGCCCAAAGGCGACAAUGCGCCUGUGCAUGUUAUUGGCAACCUAACGACUUCUAGCGGUACUGAGGCUAGCGCUAGUGCCCAUCUGGAUAUGGACAAGAGUCUGCUGGAAGAGGUGGCCGAGACGCUGGCGCCGGAAAAUCAAAAUAAGACAUUGGCCGAGCACAAUCGAGAUCAUCACCACAAUGAUCACUCUGAGAGUCUCGAUGCCAACACAAAGAAUCUGAAAGAUCUGCUCGAUGAUGCAGAUCUCCUGCAAAAUUGCAGCAGUGACAAUGGGAGCAGUGGUGCGGAUCUGCUCGAUUCGUUGGUCAAGCGGAGCUGCGAGGAUAAUCUAGUGCAGAAUGAUGGCACGGGAGAGACUCAGGAAACGGCAUCGGCAACGGAUGUGGAAGCGGACGGUCUAAGCUCGUUCUGUGUUCCCGAUCUCGCCAAGGAUUUGCCCAGCAUACUUGAUAUGGACAAUGAUGCACCCAAAUGUCUGUCCUUCAACGAGGCCGGUGAGAUUGAAGGCUUAAAUGGCGAUCUCUUCCAGGAAACGCAUGCUCAUUCGUUCGGCAUCGAUGCAUUCGAGAAGGAGCCUGAUAUGGGAGUUGUUGUCGUGCCCACGCCAGCAACCGUGGAGCUGACACAAACGCCUUCAACGCCUCCCAGCUUAAACAAGGAUAAGUCUCAGAAUGGCACGCUAAUGGUGCCCGAUGAGACGCCCAAGGAUUUGAGCUACAAGAAGCGCGAAGAAGUGUGUCCACCAUCAGAGUCGCGCAGCCAGUGUGCAGUAACCUCCAGCUCCGACAUACUAAAAUCGCCGGAGCCACUGGAGCUGGAGUCAAAUUCCAUACCGGCCGAAGUAGAGACCACAUCGGAAACCAUCAAGCAUCUCAUAUUAGAGCAGUUUCUCAAGCUGAAUGCCUUAAACCAAUUGCCAUCAACGGAAGUCAGCGGUGGCGUUGCUGCGGCCAAUAAUUCUCAACAGGCCGAGCCCAUGGAUUUGGGCAAAGCACGCGACAAACUUAUGACCACUGCCAGCGGCAAGUACUUGGAGACCGUGGUUAUCGAUGAUGAGGAGGAGACGCCCCCCUUAAAGAAACGAUCCAAAGCCAAUAUCAAGAUGGACAAGGAUCCGGAUGCGCUUACCCAAUUAAAAAUGCUGAUUGCCAAUCCGCAGUGGAAAGUGCCCGAUCCCAUACUAGUGCCAAAAGAUCGUCUGGGCGCCGUGCUAGCUUCGCCAGCGCGCGAGAUUCCACUGCUAUUGACCACACGGCCAGAGUUACGCUUACCAGAGGCCUUUGCCUAUCCUGAGAUCAUUCAGAAUCCCAACAUACUAGUGGUUACCAUGGAGCAGCUGGAGGCCAUACUGAAAAACGAACAUGUAGAUCAGGCUAAGACUAGCAAACCUGUGGCACAGCCACCCAUAGAAGCCCUUGUCGUCGAACCACCGACGAGCAAUCAAAAGGUGGCCAGUCCCGUGAAGCAGGCAACGCCUUCAACGACGCUGCCCCACAAGACUACAGCACAGCCGCCCAAGCCCAGCGUAGUGCCUACAAUUACAGCAACGCCCACGCCCGUUGCUCCACCCUCCCCGGCCGACUCCAGCGUGUCUACAGACCUCAAUGCCACCACAUUGGCACUUCUCCAACAGAUGCUCUGGCUGCCAUAUUUCGGCCAAUUGUCUCAGGAGUUCUUUAAGACAUUUAAGGACCCCAUGGGAUUGCAGCGCAAGUUCAUGAACAAUCUGAUGCCUUUAUAUAACAAUCAGUUCGGGCUGCAGCACUUGGAUGAGCUCUACAAGCAUUGUUUGAAGCAAAAGGCCACUGAGGAGCAGGCGGCAAAGGUGCAGCCCACACCACCGCCCACAGCGCCCCCUCCACCAAUUGCGCCUGGGCCCGCCAACUUCAACGGCUUCAGCAAUCCCGUGGAGCUGGCAAUUAUGCAAAAGCUGCUACAGCCACAAAUGUCCAACUUUUUGGGUAACUGGAGUGCGGGUGAAUCAACCACAUCAGCCAUUCCCAGUGGCAAACCGCAGAACGGACAACAGCAUCAGCAUCAAAGUAACUUGGAAUCUUCGCAGCAUCAUCAUCUCGAACACAAACGUGCCAGACGCACGAUCAGCGAUGGUGCCGCCAGCUCGGAAUCAACGCCGCUGCUCAUGCCCGAGUUCAAUAACAGCUUUAACAAAACCAAGCCGGCAAGCCAAAACACUCAGCAGCAGCAGCAGCAACAACCUCCUGCGCCUGCGCCUGCGCCCGCGUCCGUCACCGCCCCUGCAGCCGAGCACAAGCCGCGCUUAACUUGCAAAUCGCUAUCGAAUCUGCUCGAUCCCGAAAGCAGUUCCGUGCCGCUACUCAAUGUUCCCUUCGAUAGUUUGCGACGAGCGGCAUUGCACAAAUCGGCGCAUGAUCAGCAGCAUCUCGGCAAGGAGCCGAGCACCGGCCGCACCUUGCGUUCCAGCAAGGCCUGCGUAACGUACAAUCCUCUGGAGCAAGCGAAGCAACAGCAAACCCAGCACAGCCAGCAGCAACGGAAGCGGGGUAACAUGUUGCACGACCCACAACAGCAGCAACAUCUUCAUCAGCAGCAGCAACAGCAACACAUGGCGGAGUUGGCCGCCCGCAACAUGAAUGAUGGCAGCGGCCUCGAUAGCAAUUCCGCGCUUUGGCACCCACUAUUCGGCAGCAAUCCCAAGCAGGGCUAUAAUAGCCCCUGGCAAUGGACCACAGUGACGGCAACUGGGGAAUGACAGUCAAGCCGGGCUCACAAGGAGCCAGCAGGAGCAGCAACAACAGCCAGCGCCAACAGCAACACAAAUAACAGCACGAACAACUUCGAAGAGCAGCAGACCCACGACUACAACAACACGCUGACCAACUAUCAUGCGGCGACCAAACAACAACACCAACAACAACAACAACAGCAGCAGCAGCAGCAACAAGCACAACAUGUUGGCAAUAGUAGCGUGCGCGUACCCAACGAACUGCCAAGCAAUCAAAAUCACAACAGCACCCAUAACAAUAGCAACAGCAACAGCAGCAGCAACAAUAACAGUGGUAGCGGCAGCAGCAGCAACAACAAAUUUUGUUAUCCCACAGUUGCCGCCGCUGCUGCCAUGGAGAAUAUGUUCCAGAACAAUCAGCUGGCGGCUGCAGCAGCUGCGCGCGAAUCUCUGCUCAAUUCGUAUUUGUACCAACAGCAAAAGGAUAAUGCUGUUACGGAUAUGGGCUAUAUGGCAGAUCAUACGGUAAGCAAUUAUUGGCAGCAACAGCAGAAGCAACAGCAGCAGCAGCAACAACAACAACAGCUGCAGCAUCAACAGCAGCAACAUCAACAGCAUCAGCAACAUCAGUGGAACAAUCACAGCAGCAACAGCAGCGUCAACCACAACAACAACAACCAGCGCACCUAUGCCAACAACUAUGCGGCAGCAGCGGCUUCCAUGUACAUGCAUUUCAAUCCGUAUAUGCAACAGAAGGCUGCACUUCUAGCCGAGAAGGCCGCGGCAGCAGCUGCGGCAAAGGCUGUACAGGGCAACAACACCAGCAACAAACAUGCCGCUGCUGCUGCUGCCGCAUUGCGUUUUGGCGGCGACUACGGGGACUGUGGUGCGCUGCGUUAAAGCUGCGGAAUGCAGGAUGCAACAUAUAGGAUAAUGAUAAUGGGCGCCAAUCAUAUAAACUAACACUUGCAUACACGCAUAAUAACAUAUACAUACAUAUAUAAAUAUAUCUAUAUAUAGGCAACUAUAGAUCAUUUUACCGCAAGGAAUUGGUACGGAUUUUCCAUUAAUUUAACAACAGCAGCAGCAAUAACAGCAACAAGAACAAGGUAACCGGAAUGAGCAACAACAAUAAUUUAUGACAAGUUAAAAAACGAAAACAAAAACAAAAAACACAAAAAGUGAACAGACAUUUAAAUUGAAUUAGUAAAAAUUUGUUAUUGGUAGUUUGUUAAAGCAAAAGUAAAGGAAAGCAGAAAAACAAAAAACAGAAAACAAAAAUAAAAAAAAAUGCAAAAGCUAAGAAAAACUAAACAAAAUGUAUGAAGUAUAUAUGUAGUAGAGACGAAGCAGAUGCAGAGAGGCACAGAAGAAUAAGCAGAAGAAGAGAAAUAAUAAGAGCAGAAACAAAAAAUGAAAAAUGAACCUAAUUAUUGUAUUAUUGUUAACCAAAAUCUAUUAAUAUUAUGAUUAUUAUUAUUAUUAUCUCAAGCUGCGUUAUAUUAUUAUGUUUAUUAACUCGUGUGUGUGUAUAUAGCGUUUUUAUCUAGAUGUAUUACACUUAGUGACCACCCCUCGAUGACUAACUGACCCCUAACCUCUACCCCUACCCCACACUCACUCCAUUAACAAAACCACAACAUCAACAACUAAAUCAAACACAGCAGCGUAAAAAAAGGCAAAAACAAACAUACAAAAAUACGAAAUUUGUAUUCAUUCCGCAAAGCAAAGCUAACAGAAAAGAAUGAUGAUGUUUUUUUUUUUUGUGUAACAAUUUAACGUGUUUAAUUAUUACUAUUAUUAAUUAUGAUUACUAUUAUGCAUUACAUUUAUGAUUAUUUCUUGGAAAAAGUUGAGAAACGCUGUUCUUUUAUUUCAUUUUAAUAUCAAUUAAUAUUAUUUUUAUUUAUGCAACCCCCCAAUGUGCAAUGGACUUAUGAUUUAUAACUUAUGACAAGAAAAACACAUGAAUCACAAAAACAAAACUUCUUAUAUGAACAUGGCAAAUGGCAAGCAAACAAAAAGCAAGAAAAUAAAGAAAACCUUUUAGAGAAUUUCGCUGAUAAA